AUGACCCGAAUUCAGCCUGGCCCCAAACCUACUUUAUUCAACUUCGCCCGAGAAGUCAUCGAUCGCUGGAGUCAGCAGAGAGCCGACUCCUCCGCUCUCGUCCUAGUAACGAAGGGAGAGCGCCGCGAUGUCUCGUAUCGUGAGCUUAGUGAGCGCUCCAUCCACGUUGCCACCGCGUUGUACGCGCUAGGAGUCCAACAGGGAGAUACCAUUGUCGUCUCGGCCACACGUUGCCAGGAAUGGUAUGAAAUCCUUUGUGCUACGAUUCGCAGUGGGAUUCUGGUCUGCCCCGUGGCCGGCGCACUCUCUGCUUCCGAUCUCGAGUAUCGCAUUCAGAAAGUCGGCGCCAAAGCCUUCAUCGGCGACCUACCUCAGAUCCAGAAGGUCUUGUCCGUCCGGUCAUAUCUUCCUACACUCCAACAUUUGAUCCAGGUAGGGUCCGAUGAAAAGGUCCCCGAAGCACUUGGGUAUCCAGCCCUGGUUUCCAUGGGCCAAGCGAAUCGCGCAGACAUCACCGUCGAUUCGGAGGGAAGCUCGCCUUGCGUCCUUUAUUUUACUUCAGGGUCAACCGGACAGCCAAAGCUAGUCCAGCAUAGCCAGAUCUCUCUAGCUUUUAGCAGUCGAAUUGCCGGAGAGCACUGGUGUCAACUCCAUCCGCAUAGUCUCUUCUGGAGCCUUUCCGAAGUGGGCUGGGUCAAAGGAUCGUGGGCGGUAUUCGCUGCCUGGAACCACGGCGCUGCGUUGCUCGUGGAUGAAACACCGGGACUAGCCUUUGAUCCCAUCCAAACGCUAAGGAUCUUGCACGAGUAUCCGGUCACCAGCUUCUGUGCCACUCCGACAGCCUACAGGCAGCUCGUCACGUCCGGGAGUCGGCAAUUUGCGGCCACCCACCCGCCUCGAUCUCUCAAAGUCUGCAUUAGUGCUGGAGAGGCAAUUGAGGGGUCUGUUAUUGAGGCCUGGCGACAGGUCACUCGGGGUGCUACCAUACUCAAUGGGUACGGUUUAACCGAGACAGUCUUCCUCUGCACGGAAUCCACCAAUGAUCAACGACCGGGGUCGAUGGGUCGACCUCUACCCGGGGUUCCGCUGGAGGUCUUAGGAGAGACGGCGGAACCAGCCUCCAUUGGAGAGGAAGGUGCUCUUGGGGUGUGCUUGUCUGCUUGCGCAGACUCCAUCUAUGAUGUCUUCAAUGGCUACGUCGACGACCAGGGGGUUGUGACGCGACCCGUGGUUCGUAACGCGAAGGGUAUGGAGUAUUACUUAACUGGAGAUCGGGCGUACCAGGAUGCGGACGGUUAUUUCUGGUUCAAGGCGCGAACGGACGAUAUUAUCAAUUCAUCCGGGUAUCGCAUAGGACCUAGCGAAGUGGAAGCCGUUUUACAGAUGCAUCCCGGGGUUCUCGAAUCGGCGGUCAUCGGCAUUCCAAAUGAAGAGCGGGGCUCGAUCAUCAAGGCGUAUGUAGUGCUGAACAAGGAGUACGAGCAGCAUCCAUUGCGCAAGCUCAAGGUGGAACUCCGGCAGCAUUGCCUCGAUCAUAGCGCACCCUACAAGUGUCCACGGGUUAUCGAGUUCCUCUCAAGGGCCGACUUGCCUCGAACGGUAACGGGGAAGGUACAGCGUCAUGUGCUUCGUGCUCGCGAGCAGGAAAGGUCAACAGCAUAG